UGGCGUGCGUAGUCGACUUGAUGUGCAUUUUAUCAAGGAUUAGGAGUGAUAAUAAAGCGGAAAACGAUUAUAAAAGGUCAUUUGGGUAGGGCUUCAUGACGUAACCACUUGAGCCGUAUGCAGAAUGCUAUAAGAGGAACAAACAACACUUGGCUGUAUAUUCAUCGUAGUUGGUUUCAAAAAUGACCGAAAAGUCUGCAGAUUUCUAUAAAGCUGUUAACAGCGCGUAUGCUGCUAAGAAAUUGGCAUUCUUCAACAAGCGAGUUCAACAGAAAACUGUCAAACUUAGUGAAGAGAGUAAACCGAAGGAAGUCAAGCGAUACCUAAAGACCAUGACUAAGUCUAAGUUUCGCGGUGACGAUAAAAUCAGUGAGAAUAAUCGUGUCAAGUUGGGUGAAAUCAUAAAAAAAUUAAACUCACUGAUCGAAGCUGGAAAAGCCUUCUCAAACGAGGCGCAAAUGAGCAUUGAAGAGCUUGCGGAACUUCGCUCCCGAAACGAAAACAACGAAGGAAGUGACGACGCAUACAGGGAAAAAAUCAAGCAUGACUAUCAGGCAUUCCUGAAUACGAGAGAAUGCGUUAUCCAGAAGAUCGAAAAGACGAAAGAAACAAAAAAACCAUUAAAACAAAUUUCUCCCUUGGGGCAUGAUGAGUUCUGGGGAACAAGACAGCAGCUCCGGUCUGGCAAGGUCGUUGGUGACAUGCUAGGUGGAUUGGAUCCGGUGUUUGGAGUGUUAUUGAACCCAACAGGUGGUCGCAUCGGGAAAGGAGACUCAGAGAGAUUGCACAAGGUGUUUUAUAAAGAAGAAGAACCCUUGGCAUAUCACGCAGCAGUUCACGAUGCAUUUGGAUACUUGAUUCAAUACCAUGAACUUGGACCCGGAUACAACUACCUAAACACGAGAUGGACGUUCUUCAGAAAGGAGUCACCCAUGGCUUGCCAAACGGCUGGAAUUAAAUUUUGGAGGAAAGUUUUGAAAAGAUCUCCCGUGGAAAAAGAAUUUUAAUCUCUUAUAUCAGGCAUAUACAGCAUAUUAGUAUGUUAUGAUCGAUUAUUUGUAUCAAAUAAAUAUGUAACUAAUUAGCUGAUGUUCCGGAUCAUUCACUCCCGUGAUCCCGAGCUAGCCUUCGAUGUGACAAUGUAAUGGAAUUGAAUUUUGGAGGAAAGUUUUGAAAAGAUCUCCCGUGAAAAAAGAAUUUUAAUGUUUUAUAUCAGGCAUAUACAGCAUAUUAGUAUGUCAUAAUCAAUUAUUUUUAUCAAAUACUAUGUGACAUGUAAUCUAGGGUUCCCGUAUUUACCCGACUUAACGCGGGGUACGGGUCCCGAAUUAACGCCGGGUUGGAAUAAAAGCCGGGUGAACAUAUAUAUUUCAAACUAUAAGCCGAUUUCUCGCAUAUAUUCAUUUACCAUAUCUUUCUUGUUAGAUCGUUAAAUAUAUGUUAAAGCAAUAAAGGCUCAGAUAUACCCUGAAAAAA